CUCAUGAGCGUUUACAGGUAAAUCAUCGGAGAAAAAGAAGCUAUAAGCCAAUAUGAAAAACAACAGGAACGUAGAUUCCUCGAAACAGAUGUUAGAGGGCGUCGAGAUAGAUCCAAAUGGCGAAAACACAACCAAUAGCAAUAAUGCCGAGAGUAGUGGAGGUGGGAUCUUGAAAAAUGUGUCGAGGAAUCUCGGUGUGGGAUCAAUAAUCAGAUCGAUUAAAAAGAGCGGUAAUCUCGGUCUUCAUAACACGAGGAAGAGCGGAAACUUGGGGCCUACGCUACCUGUUGCCCUAGAAAAGAAACAAGGGCCACAAAGAGUUGAGAGGACCACGUCUAGUGCGGCUAGGGGACUACAGAGUCUCCGGUUCCUUGAUCGGACCGUCACAGGACGGGAACGUGACUCAUGGAGAUCCAUCGAGAACCGUUUCAAUCAGUUCGCCGUUGAUGGAAAGCUUCCCAAGGAAAAAUUUGGCAUUUGCAUCGGAAUGGGAGAUACAUUGGAGUUUGCGGGAGAAGUAUACGAAGCAUUGAGUAGGAGAAGACAAAUGAACACCGAAAAUGGGAUCGAUAAAGAACAAUUGAAGCUCUUUUGGGAAGAUAUGAUCAAGAAAGAUCUAGAUUGUCGCCUCCAGAUCUUCUUUGACAUGUGUGACAAGGACGGAGAUGGGAAGCUAACAGAAGAAGAGGUUAAAGAGGUGAUGGUCUUGAGUGCAUCGGCUAAUAGGCUCGCGAAUCUCAAGAAGAACGCUGCGUCUUAUGCUUCUUUGAUCAUGGAGGAACUUGACCCUGAUCACCAUGGUUACAUUGAGAUGUGGCAACUCGAGGUGCUAUUAACAGGAAUGGUAGCAAACCCUGCAGACAACAAAAAGAUGGUGAGGAAAUCUGAAACGCUAACGCGAGCCAUGAUCCCUGAACGUUACAGAACGCCAACGAGCAAGUACGUUUCAGUAACCGCUGAGCUAAUGCUCGAACACUGGAAGAAGAUUUGGGUCGUUAUAUUGUGGCUCGUUGUCAACGCCUGCCUCUUCACUUGGAAAUACACCGAGUUCUCAUCGAACCCUCUUUAUAACAUUGCGGGGCGUUGCGUUUCCGUCGCUAAAGGAACCGCCGAAAUGCUCAAAUUCAACAUGGCUUUGGUCUUGGUCCCCGUUUUACGAAGAACCCUAACGUUCCUCAGGUCUUCUUUCUUGAGCCACGUGAUCCCAUUCGACGAUAAUAUCAACUUCCACAAGUUGAUAGCCGUGGCGAUCGCACUCACUUCCUUGCUACACACGGCACUACACUUGCUAUGCAACUACCCCAGGCUAAGCACUUGUCCUUACGACGUGUACUCUGAGUACGGAGGAAAACUCUUGGGGCACAAGCAACCCACCUAUUUAGGUCUAAUGCUAACCCCGGUUACGGUUACGGGACUUCUGAUGAUCGUCUUCAUGUGUAUCUCUUUCACGCUCGCCAUGCAUUACUUCAGAAGGAACAUUGUGAAAUUGCCUAAGCCGUUUAAUGUUCUUGCUGGAUUUAAUUCAUUUUGGUAUGCUCAUCAUUUGCUGGUUGUUGUCUACGCUCUUCUCAUCAUUCAUGGUUACAUUCUUAUCAUCGAGAAGCCGUGGUACCAAAAGACGACAUGGAUGUACGUGGCUGUACCUAUGGUGUUGUACGCGAGCGAAAGGCUUUUCUCGCGAGUUCAAGAACACAACCAUCGUGUCCACAUUAUCAAGGCUAUCGUAUAUUCAGGUAAUGUUCUUGCACUCUAUAUGACAAAACCUCAAGGGUUCAAGUACAAAAGUGGCAUGUACAUGUUUGUCAAGUGCCCGGACAUCUCCAAAUUCGAAUGGCAUCCAUUCUCUGUCACUUCUGCACCCGGAGAUGAAUAUUUGAGCGUUCAUAUAAGAGCAUUGGGAGAUUGGACAAGUGAACUUAGAAACAGAUUUGCCGAGACAUGCGAGCCACCUCAAGCAUCGAAACCUGGUCCAAAUAAUCUUGUUAGGAUGGAAACAAGAGCAAGAGGUGAAAAUCCUCACAUUGAAGAAUCGCAAAUCUUAUUUCCACAAAUAUUCAUCAAAGGACCAUAUGGUGCUCCGGCACAAAAUUAUGAGAAAUUCGAUAUCCUUUUGUUGAUCGGGCUAGGGAUUGGUGCAACCCCAUUCAUAAGUAUCCUAAAAGACAUGCUGAAUAAUCUCAAACCUGGUACUCCAAAACCCGGGCAAAGGGGCGAAGGAAGUGUAGGAAGUGAGAGCUUAGGAGGAUCUAGUGUAAAUGGAGGUAGGAAGUUUCCACAAAGAGCAUAUUUUUAUUGGGUGACAAGAGAACAAGCUUCUUUCGAAUGGUUCAAAGGAGUUAUGGAUGAUAUCGCCGUGUAUGACAAAAACAAUGUGAUAGAAAUGCAUAACUACUUAACAAGUAUGUACGAAGCAGGAGAUGCAAGAUCUGCUCUAAUCGCUAUGGUUCAAAAACUUCAACAUGCCAAAAACGGUGUUGACAUUGUUUCUGAGAGCCGAAUACGAACACAUUUUGCAAGACCCAAUUGGAGGAAGGUUUUCUCUGAAUUGUCAAGCAAGCACGAAACUUCUCGCAUAGGCGUAUUCUACUGUGGAAGUCCAGCGCUUGUCCGACCAUUGAAUUCACUUUGUCAGGAGUUUAGUCUCGAGUCGUCCACUCGCUUUACUUUCCACAAAGAGAAUUUCUGACAUUUUUCCCCCUAAAAUGUUUUCGGUUAAGUAAAACAACAAAUUUUUGAAUUCAAUUAUUCAUUUGGUUAUAAGGACAUGUUGUAGUUUAGUUGGUUGAAUGAAGUAUGCUCUAUAGCACUAGUUUCAGUCAACUCUAACAGUAAUUGUCCUUCAGACGUCAAUACCAUAGUUCAAAAUUUCAAAUCACAUGUGACAUGUACGUAGUAUUUUCUUAAGUAAUGUAUAUAUACAUAUAUGUACAUAUUAUGAUCUUUUUACGUAAUUAUGAAUUAUCUAUAACAAACAAGAAAACAGUUGAUAUACAUGCAUAUUUUCUAAGAGUUUAUAGUGAGAUAUUAUAGUAUUAAUUAUUGACUAUAAACAUAACAAAUUUGAUAUGUAAUGUUGACUAAUGUUGUCAGUAUACACAGAUGGGACAUUUAUAAAAAAUAUAGAUAGAUAAAUCUAGGGCUAGGCAAUAAAUCAGAAUCCGAAGAACCGAACCGAAUUCAAUCCAAAAAUAGUACCAAACCCAAACCAAAAUUUGUUAAAUAUUUGAAGGGGUUCAAAAUUUUGGUAUUUAGAGAACCAGAAUCGAGCCCGAACCAAACCGAAGUAUUUUAAGUAUCCGAAUAUAUCCAAAAUAGAUUUAUAUACUUAAAUAUAUUAAUUAUUUUUAGAUUUAAUAUAUAAAAAUAUCCAAAAUAUAUAAGAUAUUUUAAAGUCCAAAAUAAUAAAAAAAUAUAUACAAAUCGUUAUAAGUAAAUGUCUAAAAUAGCUAAACAAUACUCUUUUUUUUUUGGACAUCAAACAUUCACAGACUCAUGUUGACUCUGUAAACCAAUGUGACAACUCUACAUCCAUGUGUACGACGAAAAACGGUUGUGUUCGAGUACUGUGUACCAAGCGAUCCGCCUUUAUGUUUUCCGUCCUUGGAACAUGAACGAUAUAUGAGUUGAUGAAGCUUCUUCUCAAGAGCUUAAUAUCUUCCAGGUAACUUUCAAAUACGAGCCAUUUUUAUGGUUCUGAAACCUUCUUCACCAAUUGAGAACAAUCCAUAGCAACGUAACCCUAAAUUGUCUUAGAUUUCUCAUGCUUUCCAUGGCCCAAAUGAGUGCCUCCAUCUCCGCAUGAAGAGGUGAGAGACAUGCCCUUACAUUCCUGGCCCCUAACAAACCCUAAAACCCCGGUAGCGUGCUGAACCAGCCUUGUCCUGAAAAUAAAUCUUUUAUCCUUCCAAGAACCGUCUAUGUAACACCAUCUUCCUGUAGUCCUUGAAUUCGGUAUGUUCUGUGCCUCAUGUACCAACAUGGGAGUAUUUAUUACAUGUGCCUCAGCCCAAAGUGUUGAUUCCAAUUCUGCUAAAUUAAGCGUUUCUCUCGGAUCAAUAUCAAGGUUACUGAAAAUUUUAUUAUUCCGGGCCUUCCAAAUGUAUCAUAAUUUCCAUGCAAACUGAUGAUCCUCCAUUUUUGGGGUAACUCUCCAAAACAAAUGGUCCAUAUUAGCAAAAAGCGAGCCAAUAGAAAAAAAGUUUGGGUUCGAUGGGAUCUUAGAUAGUGUCCACACCUGCCGUGCCGGGGGAGACUCAAAGAACACAUGAUUUAUUGAUUCCUCCGGAUCUCCGCACCUUGCACAACAUGUAUCUCCUUGUAUGCCUCUCGCUCUUAGAUUUUUUGUAACCGCUAUACAACCUGUCAGCAGCUGCCAUAAAAAUGUUUUAACUUUAGAGGACACUUCACUUUCCAGCAGAAUGUCUUAAGUAUAUCCACAUUGGGUUCAUAAAAUCCUGGUAGUUUUUCCUUGUGAGGAUAUAUCCUUUCUAUUUGAUACCAUGAUUGAACCGUGUAUUUUUCAUUAUUAGUGAAAUGCCAUCCAUUCCUAUCUUCCAUCUGAUUCCUACUCAAAGGAAUACUUUCAAUCAUUUUUGCAUCAUGUGAUUCCACCAAAGUCCUAAUUGCCUGUUAAUUCCAUGUUCGGGAUUCCUGAUUAAUAAGAGAAUCCACUGUGAGGUCCGGGUAACUGUUAUGAAAGUUUUUGUUAGCUGGUCUCGGGCGAGUGGAUGGGAUCCAUGGGUCAUUCCAAACUGAAAUAGAUGACCCUGUUCCAACCCAUUUAAUUAGUCAUUUACAAACCAGAGAUCUAGCUAAACAAUACUCAAACACUAAAAAUAUUAAAAAUAUCUAUUAACUUUUUAUCAAAAUAUUCAAGCUAAAGCAUUUUAUAUGUUAAGUUUAGGUAUUUUGCAAACAUUAUUCAAAAUUAUAUGUAAUAUAUGAUUUUAUUUUAAAAUUUUGGAAAAUUUAAAGUAUAUAUGAAUUAAAAAAUUUUAAAAUAAUUUAAAACAGGUUAUCUGAACCCGAACAAAACCCGCAAAAGUCCAAAUCGAAUCCGAACCAAAAUUUAUAAAUACCCUGUUGAGCUGAAAUCUGUAUCUCCAAAUACUCGAAACCUGAAUAGACCCGAACUGAACCCGAACGGGUACUCGAACGAUCAUACAUCACACCAGUUAAUAUAUAUAUAUAUAUAUUUAUAUAUAUAUAUACUAAUACUAAUCCUUUAAACAUUAUUUACCAAGUGAUUUUUAAAAGUUUGCCUAUAUAUGUCAUCACCACAUUUAUUUUUAUUAGAAAAAGAUAUAUCUUAGUAAAAAUGAUGACAUAGAAUGAAUCUAAUUGUGAAUAAACAUUUGCAUUUAAUAUUAAUUUAUAUUUUUGGUAAGUUAUUAGAAUAUAGAUUUUCAUUGAGUAUGGAAGAGAUGGAUUUCCCGUUUACAGCAACAAUGAUCCACAAAAUUGGGUCAGUAUUUUAUGGUUACCAAAACAAAAUUCUUGGCAAUCUCGCAACACACAAGAAGUUGAACUUAGGAAGCCGAGGGAGAGCUUGAACUAUAUCUCUGUUUGGUUUUAAUAUUUGUUAUUCGGUUUAGUUUAAUUAUAACCAUUGUCAUGAAAUAUAAUCUGGUAGCAUUUGUUAAUAACCGUAUAAAUAUAAUAUCUUUAUAAUAUAUUUAUCUUUAUGUUGAUUACUUAUUUAUAUUCCUUCAAGCAACCUCACACUAUGAAUGUCUUAAAUGCCUCGUGUAAUAUAUGGGUCUCACUGUAAAAACCUUUUUAAAGUAAAACUAUACUUUGACUCUCGCACCCACGUGGAUGUUAUUUUAGUUUGUAAUGUAAGUGAGAGGAAAAAGCAUGUUUUCUCUCUGCGAGUUGUCCCUAGGUGGGUGUAGCUAUUGUUGCUUGUAGCUGCUUAGAUCCCUUGAUUUAGGCAUAUUUAUAAUUUUUUUGGUUAGUAUGUUUUGGUAUAUGUUUUAUCCUGUUCAUAUUGUAUUGUUGUUAGAUCCAAAAAUAUAUUAGAUAUUAUAUAAGCUAUUUAUUCUUCAAUUUGGUCAUUUUUUAUUUUUUUUUACAAUAUUUGGCUUGGAAAAAAUUAUAUUAUAUUGUUUAUGAACCUAGCAAAUUAGUCUUUUUAAAUUUACCACAAUAUAUAUUUUUAAAAAAAAAAUUUAUAUAUUUUGUUAAUUUAUAUUAUUGGAAAUCAAUGUCUCACCAUUUUUAUAUGCCAAAUAAAUUUCAAAUUACAACACUCAUAAGUUUAUUAAUUUGAAGUAAUUUUUAACAUUAAAAUUUUAUUUCUUAUUAAUGUGAAAAUAUAUUUAAAAAUUAUAUUAAUUAUGAAAAAGUGAUAUAUAUAAAUAACAUAAUUAUAUUAACUCCUUUUCAUAAUUAUAUUAACUCCUUUUCAUAAUUAUAUUAACUCUUAACAGCAAAAAACAUAUUUCAACCUCCAAAAAUCUAUUUUAUGAAGAUAAUGGGCCUAAAGAUAGAAUGAUAGAUUGAUGGCCUGAAUAUCUAACAGCCGGCCCAUUUAGAAAGUUAACUAAUUAGCGUAAGAAAAAAAUUUGUUAGGUUAACGUUUCUACAAAAAAAAAAAAGAGUCAAAGAACGAUUCGAGAGGGGAAAUUUAGUUUUUUUUCCUUCACGAUCCAUCGAAAUGGCUUAUAAGUCCUUUCACGAGUCACAAAGAUGAUAUCCAUGGCGAAAUCGUAUUAAAAAGAUGUUAGGAAUCAAUGGUCAAUUGGGAAUUUCUGGGAUGUAAUAACAUUUGUGUCGGGUUAAACUAAUUUCGACAGAGAAGGCCAACCAAAUCACUUCUAAGAAGAUUCAAAUCAGAGUAAGGUCUCCAGCAAAGCAAAGUGUUUUUAUUACUCUGUUCUUUUUAGCAAUGUCGGGUAUAGAUUUGAGCGAAGCUACUCUCUGUUUCAUGUCGUCUAUAUUAUUUUGUUUAGGAUAUCCUAUUUGAAGCUGCUUAUGUCUGUGUUUAUGGUUUUGUUUUGAAUUAGUGUUUAUGUGGGUAUUGGUUACUAUUGAGUUCUGUUUUCUCAUGUAUUCUAUGUUAUCAAUGUUUAUGCUUACCUUUGAUUGAUUGUGCAAUUACAGUUUUCUGAGUUAAAAUAGUUUCAUUUUAGGUUUAUUAUCUUCAAGGAAUACCACUUGUUUCUCUGUAUUGGGUCGCUUAAAAGCUGAUGGCUGAGACUUAAUUAAUUUCAGACUAUAGUUUGUCUUAGACUCGAAGCUGGUUAGUCUGACAACUUUAUUUUUGAAUAUGUCAGUUAGAAUGAUAUUACUUAUCUAUAUUCUUUAGUAUCAGCUUUUGUGUUUACGUUGAUGAAUUACAUAGGAUGGUGCAUUUCAUAUAAAUGUACUAACUAUAAGUUUUUUAAAAUGAUUUCACUGUUGUUCAUGAGAUCCAAGGAAAAGAGAGAAAGGCUCAGAGGCGAUGAUACAUAGCGAGACCAAAGUAGUAAUACACAUGUGUUUGAUCAUUAUCAUACCGUCAAGGAGAUAAAAAGAAAACUGACCUGAGAUACUCAGCCUGCAAUUUCAAGAAAACAACACACUUACUGAACAACAGCAACAACACAAGAUACUGGAAUUGUGGUGAUACGAAAGAUGAAUCCCAUUUCAUCGUUAGAGAGAUACAACUGUAAUUAUUGGGUCAAACAAAUGUCAAUGGGCUUGUCCGAUCAUUAUGUAUUAUGGCGUGAAAGCCUUUUCUAAAAAUUAGUGAAUGUAUAGGGUUAAUAUCAGCGGCAUGGAAAUAUAAUUAUUUAGAAAAAAUCAGGGUUACGAACUUCUGUUUUAAUAAUUUAGAUUGUAGAGUAAAACGUGACAUUUACUCCAAUUA